GUAGUUGUGUUUUUUUUUUCGUUUGUUCGUUCAUGUUUUGUGUCUCGAAGGAUAAAGAAGGAAAUUUUAUGAUGAAUUUUAACAGUGCUUCGAAAAUAUUACAUUGAAGCUGCAACGAAAUAUGGAAAAUGAUCAUGAUUAUGUUGCAAGUGGUAGUGGAAACAGUUCACCAAACAUUAUUCGCACCCGAAAUAGUGUUAUGCGUCUAACAACCCAGAAUCUGCUGUCCAAUAGCGAUCAUAACUAUGUUUUUGCUCCGGUGGCGAAUAACAAUACCGAGGAAAGUUUGAUGAGUGGUUUGAGCGGUUACAGUCGCAUUAUGGAUGAGGAUGUUUUUCUCGACGACGAAGAUGAUGAGAACGAUGUGGAUGUGGUAAUUGCAUCGGGGCCAGAGGAAGAGGAGACCUCAAGUCAAAGAUCUGGUACCAUUUCGGAAGUGUCUAGCCGGUAUGGUAAUUCCAGUGAAACGGACAAUCGUAGUACAGAGGCCGGGAGUACGGAUAAUGUUCCUACAACAGAUGCAGAAUCUGAUGCAACAAAUGCCUCAGAAUCGGCAUCAACCAGUUCCAGAGUCACAGAAGAUAGUGUCUCCACGGUAGCAGCAGAUGUAGAGGCUCUAUUGCCGCAAGAACCUUCCAUUUCAGCAGUGGCUCCAGCUAUAAGAUAUGAAGGCGAAAUAAUAAACUUAGAUACACCCUCACCUGCCAAAAAACGUAAACGCCUCUCAUUGGAGGCCAAAAGUGGUACACCGAAAGUCAAAACAAAGCAAGGCGAAGACGAUGAUGAUGAAGACGACGGUCUCACAUGUCCCAUUUGCCUCGAUAAUUGGGAAAUGUCAGGGGAGCAUAGAUUGUCCUCACUAAAAUGUGGCCAUUUGUUUGGUGAAUCAUGUAUUCGCCGCUGGCUACAGGAAAGCUCCCGCCAGUCGGGUCAAAAGGUAUGUCCACAGUGCAAAACAAAGGCUCAUCCCAAAGAUAUACGUUAUUUGUAUGCCAAACGUUUGCGGGCCAUUGAUCGCAGUGAGGAACAUCGUAUGCGCGACGAAUUGAUACAGGAACGUACCAAAAACCAGAAUGUUGAAUUAGAAUUAGCAACCCUAAAGAUGUCCCACGCUCAGGUAGCACAAAAAAUCAAAACAUUAGAAGCUGAAAAUGAGGCACUCAAGAGAUUAAUACGCAAAGGUGGCGGUGGUGGACUGGAGAGUGCCAGAGGUUUUGGUAAAAACUCCAUAACCUAUCGGCUGUUCAUGGAGAAAAACGUGGAACUGUGCCGGGAGCCUGGUUGCCGUGUUAUGAAGUAUGCCGAACAACAUAUGGCCCUGUUUGUGUCACAGAAAAGUUCACAGGGCCUGUUUCCCGGCUAUGGUCUACGUUUUGUCGACACGCCAACAUUUAAACCCUCGAAUUUUUUACAUACCUCUGUUAAAAUGGUUCGUGAUAUAAGUCUGUCGCAAGAUCAGCAAAUGUUGGCGGUGGCCAGCAUGGAGCAGAGAGCCAAACUGUUUGAUUUGCGCACCUUGCAGGCAGUCUGUACAUUUAAGCCCGAUGAAAAGCCAUUGUGGUCGUGUGCCAUAUCUCGCAAAGAAAACGAAAACUACCUCUAUUUGGGUUCACAACAAGGCAGUACAUAUGUUUAUGAUAUACGUUAUCCCGAGACAUUUUUGGAUGAUCACCAGACCGAGGGUGGCCCAGUAAUACAGAUUGAAUCUGUGCCGGAAAGUGAAAUGUUUCCUAGUGGCGGUUUCCUUAUAUGUAAACUAAAUUCAUUGUGGUUUUAUGAGAAUAUACAAGGAGGUGGUGCAAAUGCCACCCGCCUCUCGGUGGAGGGACGUCUUAUAUCGAUGAACUAUGAAACGGAGACGCAAAAUUUAUUGGUACAAACAAGAAGUUGUGCAAGGUUCAAACAGGCACGUCACAUUCUGGGGAAAUUGCAAAAAAUUGAUGGCAUUCCAGUGUUCCAGUUGAGGGUAACAUUCUUCGCCCACACCAAUAGUCCCGUAAUGGUACGUUCCACGCAAAUUGCUGUCGACACCACCACUUUGGUUGCUGCCUACAUACAAGAUCGUAAGCUAUUGUCAGUAUAUGAUAGUGCCACGGAACAGUGUAUACAAUCGUUGCCAGUUCAGGAAGUUGUCUACGACACUUGCCCGGUUUAUUGUAAGAAUCAAACUUAUUUGGCCGCUCUGACUGAAACCAAAUGUAGACUUUAUAAGUUGAAUUCAUCUUAAGGCGAUUUUUUCUUCAUUUUUUUAUACCUACCUAUUUUUUAUUUCUCGUGAUUUUCCAUUUUUUCCUUAUGUUUUUUUAAAUUUAAUAUUAGUCCCGCGGGAAUCGAUUUAUUUGUUCCAAUAUUUCUCACAUAAACAUACCCAUAUACUCGAUCGUGUGACGUUUUUUAUUCAAAGGCUAUUUGUAUCAUGUUGUAUAUUUGUAAGAAGAGAGGGGAGUUUCAUCGAUUUAAUCAUACCUACAUAACAAUAUUCAAUAAAAAAAAAUUAAAAUUGUUUAAGUGCAACUUUUGGAUGUGUUUCAUUUAAUGUCUAAAAUGAGAUGUUAUGGGAUUCUGAGUAAGGUUCCAUUAAAGAAGCAUGAAUAAAAUAUAAAUAUGUUACCUUUCCUUGCAUCAAACCUUGUCCCCUGAUUUGAAUCCCAUCAACUCGUUCGAAAAAAUAAACAUUUUUUUCUCAUUUUUACUUACAUUUUGUUUAUCUAUUCAUCGAUUCCUUUGGCAUUUUUUUUAUAAUACGUGCCAUACAAAAGGUUUGAAAUUCGAAACCUUAUUUUAAUUAAUUCCCUUGAAAAAGUAUACAUUUCAAACUCAAGUACCAUCGGCAGGCACACAUACAUACAUUUGUGUGUAUUGUUAAUGUACAACGAAGUUCUGAGACGAAUAACAAGUGGUCAUAAAAUAUGUCUAGGCUAAAUCACAAAAGUGGAAAUUUGAGGUUCUGUUUAAAAAAGGAUUUGGAAAUCCUUAUGUUUCCUUAUGUUUUUUUAAAUUUAAUAUUAGUCCCGCGGGAAUCGAUUUAUUUGUUCCAAUAUUUCUCACAUAAACAUACCCAUAUACUCGAUCGUGUGACGUUUUUUAUUCAAAGGCUAUUUGUAUCAUGUUGUAUAUUUGUAAGAAGAGAGGGGAGUUUCAUCGAUUUAAUCAUACCUACAUAACAAUAUUCAAUAAAAAAAAAUUAAAAUUGUUUAAGUGCAA